CUUACAAAAUUAACUCCGCCAGAGUUAAUGCUAAAAUGUAAUUUUUUUUUUGUUUUAAUUAUACAUAUUACACUGAUCAACUUGCUUUUAACUUUGAUAUAAAUUUUGCUCAAAAGAAAAAGUUGAUGAUAUAAAUAGAAUAUACUAUAGUAGUAUUUUUUUUUUUUUUAUGUCAGCUUGAUCAAAUUGAAGUUUACGAAAAGGUCGAACCUUUCAUCAGCUAAACCCGCGUUUUCUCUUCCCUUCAAUACUACAACUCACCGUCUCGCCGGGAAAUUACGCCGUCGUCGUAGAAUUCCCCUAAACCCCCGAGGAAUUAGCAUUUAACCAAACUUCUUUAAACAAUACUUUCUUCAUUUUCGUGUACUGAGUUACAGAGUUUGAAAACUCGGUCUCGGCCAUGGGUAAUUGUGUCGCCUGUGUGAGGUUUGACCCGGAAGACUCAAAACAAACCCAGACCCAGAAGAAGAAACGACCCGAUCGGAAACGUCACUUAUACGACGAUCCCGAUGGUCUGAGAUCCCACGGCCCCAUACGCGUCCUCCCCGACGUCCCUAUGAGCCAUCGGACUCAGAUCAGCGACAAAUACAUCCUAGGGAGAGAACUCGGUCGCGGAGAGUUCGGAAUCACCUACCUCUGUACCGACCGGGAGACUCGUGAAGCUUUAGCCUGCAAAUCGAUCUCCAAGAGGAAGCUCCGGACCGCCGUCGAUGUGGAGGACGUCCGCCGCGAGGUCACGAUCAUGUCCACCAUCCCCGAUCACCCAAACGUGGUGAAACUCAAGGCGACCUACGAGGACAACGAGAACGUGCAUCUGGUGAUGGAGCUCUGCGAAGGAGGCGAGCUCUUCGAUCGGAUCGUCGCCAGGGGGCAUUACACGGAGCGUGCGGCGGCAACCGUCGCGAGGACGAUCGCGGAGGUCGUGAAGAUGUGCCACAUCAAUGGCGUCAUGCAUAGGGACUUGAAGCCUGAGAAUUUCUUGUUCGCUAACAAGAAGGAGAACUCUGCGCUUAAGGCCAUUGAUUUUGGAUUAUCCGUUCUCUUCAAACCUGGAGAGAGAUUUACAGAGAUUGUGGGAAGUCCAUAUUAUAUGGCACCAGAAGUGUUGAAGAGAAACUAUGGACCAGAGGUUGAUGUGUGGAGCGCAGGAGUUAUCCUCUACAUCUUGCUCUGUGGUGUUCCUCCGUUUUGGGCAGAGACUGAACAAGGGGUGGCUCUUGCGAUUCUGAGAGGGGUUCUUGAUUUUAAGAGAGACCCUUGGUCACAGAUAUCAGAGAGUGCAAAGAGCCUUGUGAAGCAGAUGCUGGACCCUGAUCCCACUAAGCGUUUGACUGCUCAGCAAGUUCUUGAUCACCCUUGGAUACAGAAUGCGAAGAAAGCUCCAAAUGUUCCGUUAGGGGAUAUCGUCAGGUCAAGGUUAAAGCAAUUCUCCAUGAUGAAUAGGUUGAAAAAGAAAGCUCUGCGCGUAAUCGCUGAGCACUUGUCUCUUCAAGAAGUUGAAGUGAUCAGAGACAUGUUUACACUGAUGGAUGACGACAACGACGGUAAAAUAACGUAUCCAGAACUCAGAGCUGGACUACGGAAAGUCGGUUCACAACUUGGCGAACCAGAGAUCAAAAUGUUGAUGGAAGUGGCGGAUGUUAACGGUAAUGGAUGCUUGGACUAUGGAGAGUUUGUUGCAGUGAUAAUUCACUUGCAGAAGAUGGAGAAUGAUGAACAUUUCAGACAAGCUUUUAUGUUCUUUGACAAAGAUGGAAGUGGAUACAUCGAAUCAGAUGAACUACGGAAAGCUUUAACCGACGAGUUGGGUGAACCAGACAACAGUGUUCUAAUCGAUAUAAUGCGUGAAGUCGACACUGACAAGGACGGACGUAUAAACUAUGAUGAAUUUGUGGUGAUGAUGAAAGCUGGAACCGAUUGGAGAAAAGCAUCAAGACAAUACUCAAGAGAGAGAUUCAAAAGCUUAAGCAUAAACUUGAUGAAAGAUGGGUCAUUGCAUCUCCACGACGCACUCACUGGACAAUCUAUUGCUGUUUGAUAUUUACAUUUGUUUUUAUCACCAAAACAGAAGCAAUCUGAUGGCUGUGUUUUCCUCUGUUCAAGAAGAAGGGUUUUUUUUGGGCUUUUUCAAAUGUAAUUGCUUCUAGAGAUUCUUUUUUUGGUUUGGGAAGUUGAAAAUUUGUAAUUUAUGGGCUUAGUUAGGCUUUUUUCUCCAUUGAAGAAUGAAUGUAUUUGUAUGUAAUGGUUGUUUAAUUGUCAUAAAGCUUAUUUCUGACUUGGUUUCUUCUUCCACUCCUUCUCAGCUUAUGACUUGGUGUGACCAUAAAUCACUGAACCUAACAGUUAUGAUUACAGCAAAACUGACGUAAAGCAGUAGAACAAAAGGUUUUAUUUGUGUUUGGGUUUACAAAGAAAGAAUCAGAAUCAGUCAGCUUCUUGAAGUCCAUCCAAAACAACAGACCCAACCAACAAAACGACUGCUCCAAGAGCAAGAGCACCGCCCAAAACCGCUUGAAGAACCACCAGAGUAGUCGAGUCAUCGGGAAUAAGCACCACGGCUACAAUUGCAGCCGUCAGAGCCGGGAGUGCAGCGGAGGCUAAGACCGCAGGCGACGUACCGGCUAACGUUUCAAGGAGACUGAGAAGACCGAGGUCCUCUGCUUUGGAGAAGACACCAAGCUUCUCAAGAGAUGACAAUGUGAGUCCCAGCUCCUCUGCUUUCGAGAGCAGGCCAGAUUUCUCAACGUUGCUUAGCACUUUUCGCUUUUCCAGCUUCUUGAAUACGUCCACGUUUACUUCUUCACUCCCUUCGAAGAAUAAUCCGGCUCCGUACCAUUGUUUCUUCCACUUGGCAUCAUAUUUGUUCACCUUAUUUUUACCCGGGGAGCCAUAGAAACGACGGAGAAAGCUGCUGGUGAUUUCGUGGCGGAGGAUGACCGGCGAAAGCGAGGGAGAACGGGAUUGGAGAGAAACUGUGUUCGCGGAUGAGCCGCCGGAGACGAUAUCGGAGCGUUGACAGCCAUUGGAGGAAGAUCGAAUCGAAGCGAUGAAAAUAUUUGCUUUGGAGAUUCCUUCGUGUGUUUAUUUUGCCGUUCGCACACUAUCUGGAAACUCUGGAGACAGAGAAACUGCCACGUCAGAUGAUGUAUUUGUGGUU